UUUGCAUUAUUUUAUACGGGAGGAAUUUGCAAAACAAAUGGUGAAUCGUUUCAUUGUGAUGAUUGAUAGGACAGACCUAACUGACCAAAAGUACUGAGUUAUCCAUAUUAGAUACUCUCAGUUCAAUCCCGAAGUUAACGGUGAUUUUAUACACAUUUCGAUUCAUAUGACCUCUGAAGCAUCGCUGGAGCCAUGAAGACACGUUUCAGUACUUAUGAUAUAAUUUGCGGAGUCGCCGAACUUCAAAAGUUGGUGGGCUUGCGUGUGAAUCAAAUAUACGAUAUUGAUAACAAGACGUACCUUAUCCGCCUGCAAGGUACUGGAGUAGUUCAAAAGAUUACGCUUUUGAUCGAGUCUGGAAUUCGGUUUCACACAACCCGGUUUGAGUGGCCAAAAAAUGCAGCUCCUUCUGGCUUCAGUAUGAAGUUAAGGAAGCAUCUAAAAAACAAGCGCUUGGAAAAAAUUAGCCAGUUGGGUGUGGAUCGUAUAGUGGAUUUUCAAUUUGGAAGUGGCGAUGCAGCCUAUCAUGUUUUACUUGAGCUAUACGAUCGAGGAAAUUUGAUUUUGACUGAUUUUGAGUUAACAACACUUUACAUCCUGCGGCCACAUACUGAGGGCGACAACAUACGUUUUGCUGUCCGUGAAAAAUAUCCCGUUGAACGUGCUAAACAUCAAGAUGAGGAAUUUCGACUGGACCUCUUAGACGACCUAAUGGAAAAAGCCUCUCCUGGGGAAAAUUUGCGACAAAUAUUAAUGCCAGUUCUAAAUUGUGGCCCUGCAGUCGUUGAACAUGUACUUGUCUUACAUGAUUUGGCAAAUCGUGUAAUGCCAAAGGGAAACACUUCAGCCGCAGAAGAAGAUGCACCAGAAGAGGUCUCAAAAAAGGUUCAAAACUCAAAAAAACAACGAAAGCAACGAAAUCUACAAAAUGCUAAAUCAGAAGUAAAGUUGUUUGACAUGGAAAAAGAUUUACCAACUCUAAAAAUUGCUGUACAGAGCGCGCUGAAUCUUAUUAAUGAUGGAAACAAUGGGAAAUCUAAAGGAUAUAUUAUUCAAGUAAAAGAGGAGAAACCAAUAGAAAACGGGAAAAUUGAAUACUUUCUAAGAAACAUUGAAUUCCAACCGUUUCUCUUUGCUCAAUUUAAAGAAUAUGAAUUUGCAGUGUUUGAAUCCUUUUUGGAAGCUGUCGAUGAGUUUUACUCAACUCAAGAAUCGCAAAAGAUUGACAUGAAAACGCUACAACAGGAACGUGAAGCCCUAAAAAAGCUUUCCAAUGUUAAAAAGGAUCAUGCAAAGCGACUAGAGGAGCUAAAUAAGGUGCAAGAUGAUGAUAAAAAGAAAGCCGAAUUAAUUACAUCCAAUCAAAGCUUGGUGGAUAAUGCGAUUCGGGCAGUUCAAUCUGCUAUUGCAAGUCAAUUGGCAUGGCCUGACAUCCACGAGCUGGUUAAAGAGGCUCAGGCAAAUGGCGAUGUUGUCGCUAGUUCGAUAAAACAGUUAAAACUAGAAAUAAAUCAUAUAUCUCUGAUCCUUAGUGAUCCAUAUGACAAUCAAAGCGAAAUUGAAAGCGAAGAUGGUAAUGACUGUGCAGAUUCGACCGUUGUUGAUGUGGACUUAGCUUUGUCAGCAUGGGCUAAUGCCCGUCGCUACUACGACUUAAAACGUUCAGCAGCUCAAAAAGAACAGAAAACUGUGGAUGCAUCUCAGAAGGCACUUAAAUCGGCCGAGCGUAAAACGCAACAAACGCUUAAAGAAGUAAGAACUAUAUCCAACAUAGUAAAGGCACGAAAAGUGUUCUGGUUUGAAAAGUUUUAUUGGUUUAUAAGUUCGGAAAAUUUCUUAGUAAUUGGAGGAAGAGAUGCGCAGCAAAAUGAACUUAUUGUGAAGAGAUACAUGCGUCCUAAGGACAUUUAUGUGCAUGCUGAAAUUCAAGGUGCUUCAAGCGUGGUUAUACGGAAUUCAACUGGAGAAGAUAUCCCUCCAAAAACUUUGGUAGAGGCCGGCUCUAUGGCUAUUUCAUAUAGCGUUGCCUGGGAUGCCAAAGUGAUCACUAAUUCCUAUUGGGUAACCAGCGAGCAAGUCAGUAAAACUGCUCCAACGGGAGAGUAUUUGGCAACUGGCAGCUUUAUGAUCAGGGGCAAAAAAAACUUCUUACCCUCGUGCCACCUCACAAUGGGACUUAGUUUACUUUUUAAACUAGAAGACAGUUUUGUGUCACGCCACUUGGGAGAGCGCAAAGUUCGCAGCAUAGAUGAUGCUCCCUUCGAAAAUAGUGUCAACCAAAGUGAUUUAACGGAUAUGUUAUCAAAUGAAACAAGCGAAGAUUUGGAAACACGACACGCCGUGAGCAUACCUGAAGAAGAUCGUAAAAACGAUAACUCUGAUUUUCCCAAUACUGAAGUAAAGAUUGAGCAUGACACUGGUCGAAUAUCAGUUAAACCAAAUUCAUUAAAUUCGGAGGACCAACAAUCUAUCGCUGAGAGCUUACCAAAUGAGCCUAUCAACGAGGAAACAUUAAUUAUAGUAGCUGGACCUAGUCGCAAAAAGCAACAAAGUAAUUCGAAAAAAAAUAAAGAUAAAGCACGAUCGUCUCAACCAGAAAUCAAGCUGUCAGAAAACGCAUCCUUAGAUGCAGAGCCCAGUAGCUCAUCGCAAAUGAAACGAGGUCAGAAGGGAAAAUUGAAAAAAAUGAAAUCAAAAUACAAGGAUCAAGAUGAUGAGGAACGUGAGAUCCGUAUGAUGAUUCUUAACUCGUCCGGAAAAUUAAAAGCGCCCAUCAGUACUAGCAAAGUUGUUGAAAAACCUGUUAUUGUUAAUGAAGCAGAAAAGCCUGAGAAAAAUUAUAAUCCCAAACCUAAAAACCAAGUGGAAUUGGACGAAACGGAAGAUACGCCUGCUGGAGUUGACAUGGAUAUACUUAAUAGUCUAACUGGACAGCCGCUUGAGGGCGAUGAGUUACUCUUUGCAAUUCCUGUAGUGGCUCCAUAUCAGGCAUUACAAAACUACAAAUUCAAAGUGAAGCUAACACCAGGUACCGGAAAACGAGGAAAAGCUGCGAAACUGGCACUCAAUAUAUUUGCAAAGGAGAAGACGUGCAAUAAUCGGGAACGAGAUUUACUGAAAAGUAUAAAGGAGGAGUCCCUGGCCAGAAAUAUUCCCGGAAAAGUGAAAGUAUCGGCUCCACAACUACAAAAGAUGAAAAAAUAACAUGUGUAGAUAUUUACUAUAUUACCGUGUUUAUGCAUAAUAAAGUUUUU